UGUAAAUGGUGUGACAUUUGACACUGGCGAGUGCAUUAAAUUGUGAUGAGAAUCAUUUGGUAGUACUUGGUGCUCUUGUUAUUGCCGAUUUAAUUGUUAUAAUGAUUUCACGAGGAUUAAACUUAUUAAAAAUUGCUCAUAGAAGUAGUCAAAGUAAAGCCGCCGCGACAAAUCUGCGCUCCGUUAGACUAUGUUACAGUGGUUAUAUAUAUCGUAAUAUCGGAAUGGCAGAAGAAAAGAAAUGGGUAUAUGCAGCUGAAGUUUUCGGAGGCUUCAUGUGGUGGUGGGUAUUAUGGCAUUUCUGGCACGACUUUGACCAUAUUGUAGGAGAGUUUCCAUAUCCAGAUCCAUCCAAGUGGACAGACGAAGAAUUAGGUAUACCACCAGAUGAUUACCCUGAGCCUGCGAUUCGCACAUUAUAGAUAUUUUGCGAUAGUGUUAUAUAAAGCAAUAGCUGCGCCAGCAGUUGGACCGUAACCUGGAAUGACAUUUAUGACACCCGCUGGAAACCCUGCUUCCUUAGCU